GUCAGUGUCUUUAGUCUUUCUGUGUUAGAAGAUCUCUGUUCAUAUUCUCACUCACAUAUUCAUUGCAUGUGUUUCUUAAGAGAAGGUGGUCUGCUUUCUGCUUAGUGACAGAUUUAAAUAAGGGCCGACUGUGCUGCAUGUUUCAGGUGUUUUCCUGCUACCAUCCUUAAUGGUAAAAGGAAGAGGUAAUGACCUCGUGUGCAGUGACAUCUAAGAGGAAUCCAUAUGCAGCAGUGCAGGUUGACCCCGACAGUGAUUACAUCACACCAGGUACAUUAGACCUGGAGCAGCUCUUCUGGGCAGGCACCACAGCUCCAUACAUCCAUGUCAACCAGGUCUGGCCAAGAAUUUACAUUGGAGAUGAGAAAACUGCUCUCGAGCGUCCUGAGCUUAAGGACUUGGGUGUCACUCAUGUCCUGAAUGCAGCAGAAGGAAAGUGGAACAAUGUGCUGACUGGUGCUAAUUACUACAAAGACCUGAACAUCCAUUAUCUUGGUGUGGAAGCUGAUGACAAACCCACAUUCAACAUCUCCCAGUACUUCCUCCCUGCAGCAGAGUUUAUCCACGAGGCCCUCAGCCAACCACAGAACAAGGUGCUGGUUCACUGUGUGAUGGGCCGAAGCAGGUCAGCCACUUUGGUCUUGGCGUACCUGAUGAUGAAGCACAGCUUAACUGUAGUGGAAGCUAUUGAGCAUGUGCAGCAGAAGCGCUGCAUCCUGCCUAAUCACGGCUUCCUGAAACAGCUCAGAGCACUGGACAUCACACUGCAAGAGGACAAGCUGAGACAGAAAAGACACAUGGAAAACCAAGAAGGCAAAAAAACAACAUGAUAUACCUCUGUACUUUAUUCUCUCUGUGAUGUAGCCUGAUUUUUACAUAAGUGUGUAUUUUUUAAUGUGGAUUUUUUAAAAUCCACACAGGAACAAUCUAACGACUUAACGGACUACAAACUGAACCUCUGAAAAGGGCAUUUUGUAGCAUCUUGGAUUACCUUGACUUCUACAUUUCUUAUUAUGAUUAGUUCAGUUCAUAUAAAUCUGUCGAUUUUCUUGCACUCACCUGGUUUGCACGCAUAAAUCAAAUCCCAUUUUUAUCAAAGUUGAGCUUGAGGCUAUGGGUGGAUCACUCCAAAACCUUAACAUUACCUAAUCUUAUAUGGUUUUGAGUUCAGCUUUGGGUGUGUGUGUGUGUGUGUGUGUGUGUGUACUGGUUUUCCUGUUUUAAGAUAUCCCUGCAUGUCUGCGCCUUUAUCAUUCCAUCGGUUUCUGGGAUUUGUUUCAUUCAUUUUUCUGAGUCAUUUUUCCUCUGUUUCUCCCUUGUAGUCUAAGCUUUCUGCUUCUCCUCAAAAUAGCUAUGUGUUAGUAACCAAUUAUCUGUUUUCACACCAGGAACCUUCUCCCCAGCAAACACUUACCCAGUGUCCUCAUCUUUGUUAGAUCUUCAUUUUUUCCUCCUCCUGUCUUGCCAGUUACCUCUUUGGAGGUUCAUGUCUCUAUGUUUCCUGUUACUUAUGUUAGUUUACUCCUCAGGUUUUCAUUA